AUGGAUAUAGAUAACAGUGGCGACGUUUUCAAGAAGCGUGAGAGGAAGAGGUCCUGGUUGGAGAGCUACGGAAACUCCGAUGCUGGGUCUAACGUGGACCUCAUGGAGCUUGACGAAGAAGAGACUCCAGCUCGCUCCAGCCGUAAGAGAAGCAUGCGUCGCCGUCAAACCCGUCUCACUUCUACCCUUGAUUCCGACGACGAUGACGACGGCGACACGGAAACUGAUUGUCGCUCCUUGCGGCAGCAACACGGUACCUCCAGGCAAAACACACGUCAAGAAUAUCCUAGCAUUUUUGAUGAUAAUGUCGACAACUGA